AUGGAUUCCAAGCCCCCUCAACCGUCCAAUGAUGAUGGCUCCGCGUGGGACGAAGCACGGAUGGAGCAGGCGAUGGAACGGCUAAAUGCGCUUCAUGUCCAAGCACGACGCUUGCGGGAUACUAUACCUAGAAUGCUUGAGCCACUGCUUCAAAAGCAGCCGUCGCCCGACGUCAUGUUCAGUCUGUUCAUGAAGGCGGUCAGCGAGGCACAAGAGGAUCUCAGGGACUUCACUGAUCAGAUGCAUGAUGAAGAGACUAAGGCUGUCUUUGACAGAGCGAAGAAAAGUGAGCAAGAAGACCCCAAAGGUAUCAAGCCAUGGAGGCAUAAGGACCAUCCAGACUGGUAUAAUGGCUUGGCAAGCUCUAAGUAG